UCCCUUCCCUCAAAAAAAGGUUCGACAGAUGGACGGCCCACAUCGCUGGCCAAAUCUUGCCAGCAGAUGUCGCCCUUCAGCAGCCUUGCGAGCUUCUUUCCCUACGGCACACGAUGCGGGCCAAAUUUUUUUUGCCAUGCAAAUGCAAAUUGUGUUGCGUUUGAAUUCCGUUAACUACCAAAUAAUAAGGGUCAAAGAGACAUCACAGAGGUCGAUUUUUUCGGGGGUUAUUAAUUAGAAGAUGUGUCGGGCUGCGAUUUGAAUGAACGGAAGCGGUAUCCUUCAGCGGCGUCGCCACUUCGGAUUUUGGUCCAUCCGCAGGUUCACACAAGAGAAGUAAUUGGACCGUCAAGUGGGGGAUUAUGGCGCUCACAGGGACUCUGCCAGGAACGCCAGCUGCCUCCUUAAAACCGUAACGGGCUUAAAAACACAACCAAGAGACUUGUCAACUAUCAGGCCUUUGUUGGACUGAACGUGGGAAGAGGAGCUUGGUGGAAGUUUGUGUGUGCUCAUCGAUUCCCCUCCAAUGGCUGACGAGGAGGAGGAGGUGAUGGCCACAGCGUAUUUGCUUGAGCAGGUGAUGCUCAAGGACCUGAGCAAGAGGCUGCAGGCAGGCCAGGAGAUAGUGGAACUUAUCCUGCAGGACAAAUGUCCACAGCUUGAGCAGGACCAGGGGACCCUGGACAGGAUGGUGGAAGCGCUGGCCAGCUCCUGGGUCAACUCCAGUCACUUUAAGGUGGUGCUGUUGGGGAUGGACCUUCUGUCCGCAUUAGUUAGCAGGCUGCAGGAAAAAUUCAGGACGCAGGUUGGAACAGUUCUUCCAAGUUUAAUCGAUCGUCUGGGAGACGCCAAGGAUCAAGUGCGCGACCAGGACCAAGCACUUCUACUUAAGAUCAUGGACCAGGCUGCCAACCCACAGUAUGUUUGGGAGCGCAUGAUGGGAGGCUUCAAACAUAAGAACAACCGCACGCGAGAAGGACUCUGCCUUUGUCUCAUCUCAACCUUAAAUGUGUUUGGCUCGCAGAGCCUGACUCUCAGCAAAAUAGUUCCUCACAUUUGUAACCUCCUGGGAGAUCCCACAAGUCAGGUGCGUGAUGGUGCCAUGAGCUGUCUGGUUGAGAUCUACCGCCACGUCGGUGAGCGAGUACGGAUUGACCUUGGAAAGAAGGGCCUACCUCAGUCAAGGUUGAAUGUCAUCUUCAGUAAAUUUGAUGAGGUCCAGAGGUCGGGGAACAUGGUCCUGUCACCUGUGUCAGAUAAAAACUCAGAGGAUGGCGAUUCAGUGGAUGGUGGCUGCUCUUCAUCCUCGUCCAAAGCAGAGUUGUUGGUUGGGAGGAAGACUGUUGUGGGUUCAUUCCGACGCCCCGUCUCCAGCGCCAAGUCAGCAGGGAGAGAUGGGUCCACUGCUGGCGCGGUGGAUGAGGAUGACUUCAUGCAGGCCUUCGAGGAUGUUCCCACUAUGCAGAUCUACUCCAACAGGGAGGUGGAGGAGGCCAUGGCCAAGAUUCGUGACGUUCUCUCAGAUGACAAGCGUGACUGGGAACUCCGAGUUGCAGCACUGAAGAAGGUGCGCUCGCUGCUGUUGGCUGGAGCAGCAGAGUUUGACGGCUUCCUGCAGCAGCUGCGGCUCCUGGAAUCAGCAUUCAGAUUGUCAGCCAAAGACCUGCGUUCUCAGGUGGUUCGGGAAGCCUGUAUCACUCUGGGACACCUGUCCUCAGUGCUCGGAACCCGUUUUGAUCAUGCCGCGGAGGCAGUCAUGCCGAGCCUCCUGAACCUGGUCCCCAAUAGUGCCAAAAUCAUGGCCACCUCCGGUGUGGCUGCCAUCCGCCUCAUCCUAAGACAUACACACUACCCUCGCUUGAUCCCGAUCAUCACCAGCAACUGCAUUUCUAAGUCUGUGGCUGUCAGAAGGCGAUGCUAUGAGUUCUUGGACCUGCAACUGAAGGAGUGGCACACCAACUCCCUGGAAAGGCAUGUAGCUGUUUUAAUGGAAACUAUAAAGAAAGGCAUUCAUGAUGCAGAUGCUGAGGUGCGGUCUGUGGCCAGGAAGUGUUACUGGAACUUCCACAGCCACUUCAGUCAGGAGGCGGAGCAGCUGUUCCAGUGCUUGGAGUCGUCCUAUCAAAAAGCUCUCCAGGCUCACCUGCGAAGCGGGGAUACUUUGAUGUCACUUCCGCCAUCUGAUCAUUCAUCGUCCUCUUCACAGGAGAGCCUGAAUCGAACUUUGUCGACAAGAGGCACCACUGGAAGAAGCGUGACCAGAUCCAAAGCGGCCCAAACCUCCAGACCCCCCACUGGCACCUCCUCUCCCGGCACCCUACAGCGUUCUUGCAGCGACGUGGACGUCAAUGCGGCAGCCACCGCCCGCACUCGGAUGCCCACUGUGGCCUCAGCAGUGCAAACUUCGACUUCGUCCUUUAGCUCCGCCUCGGCUCUGCCUCCUGGAUCGUAUGCUUCACUCGGUCGCGUUCGAACGCAGAGGACGAGCACAGGAAAGCGUCCGUCAGUGCCUGACGGUCGGGGACGCAGCAAAGGGAAGGUCGUCGUUUCGCAGUCUCAACCCGGUAGCAGGUCAGGUUCCCCAGGCCGAAUGCUUGGCUCUCCCCACGGCAGGAUGGUCAGGUUACCUGUGGGCAAUGCCACCACUGCCGCCAGCAGCAGUCUGAGCAACAGUCGGCGCCCGCGAGGCCACCGCAGCCAGGGCUGUAGCCGAGAAACCAGCCCCACCAGAUCUGGCCCUGCACGGAGCCGCAUCCCUCGUCCCAGUAUGAGUCAGGGCUGCAGCCGCGAAACCAGUCGCGAGAGCAGCCGUGACACCAGUCCCUCCAGGGGUUUCUCCCCCCUGGACCGUCUGUCUCACCAGGCUCGAAUUUCGGCCUCCGUCAAUGCCAUGAGGAUCCUCAACACAGGCACUGAGGUGGAGGCGGCUGUUGCUGAUGCUCUGCUCUUAGGGGACUCGAGGAGUAAGCAGCGUUCGGUGCGGCGGCACUUUGAAUCGCCGGGUAUGUUCUCUGAUGAUGAUGCAAACAGCGAUGCCUCUAGUGCCUGUUCGGAACGCUCGUACAGCUCGCGCAAUGGCGCUGUGCGUCACACGGAGGAUGUGGCUGAAAUACUCAACCACUGUGCCAGCACCAACUGGUCAGAGAGAAAGGAGGGGCUGCUGGGGCUGCAGAACGUGCUGAGGAGCCACAGAAUGCUUAGCCGCGUAGAGUUGAAGAGACUCUGUGAGAUCUUCACCAGGAUGUUUGCAGAUCCCCACAGCAAGAGAGUCUUCAGCAUGUUCCUGGAGACUCUGGUGGACUUCAUAGUUCUGCACCGGGAAGACCUGCUCGACUGGCUUUUCAUGCUCCUCACCCAGCUGCUGAAGAAAAUGGGUGCUGACCUCCUGGGCUCUGUCCAGGCCAAAGUUCAAAAGGCGCUGGACGUCACUUGUGAUUCGUUCCCAUACGAACAGCAGUUCAACAUCCUGAUGCGCUUCAUCGUGGACCAGACGCAGACGCCCAACCUGAAGGUGAAGGUGGCCAUUCUGCGCUACAUCGAGGCGCUAGCCCGGCGGAUGGACCCGGCCGACUUUGUCAACACCAGCGAGACACGCUUGGCUGUCUCACGCAUCAUCACGUGGACCACUGAACCCAAAAGCUCUGAUGUCCGGAAGCAUUUUUUUCAUUCACCAAACUCCCAGACCCUUCAUAACUGGGAAGAUUUGUCAGGUCGCGCCAGCACUGUGGCCUCUCUACCUGGAGAGGGCAACCUGGAGGAGAGUUGCAAGCAGGCGGCCCAGGUGGUGCUCAUUGCACUGUUUGAGCUCAACACACCAGAGUUCACCAUGCUACUUGGUGCUUUGCCCAAAACCUUCCAAGAUGGGACCAGCAAGCUGUUGCACAACCACCUGAGGAGCAGCAGUGGCAUCAGCACGGCAUCUCCCGGUAGCUCGGCGGGUCGAACAACUCCGCGCCACUCUAGCAGUCGCAGUAGCCCACUGACAUCUCCAACCGCCUACUCACAUGGGGGGCUCUCUCCCAGCAUGCUGGAGUAUGACAGUGAGAACCCGAACUCUGAGGAGAUCUACAGCUCUCUGCGUGGCGUCACUGAGGCAAUCCAGAACUUCAGCUUCCGUAGCCAAGAAGAGCCGAUGGAGCCAUACAAGCGAGAUGGAGCACGGGAGACCAUGGUUGAAGGUGGUUCUCCUUCACCCUCUGACCUUAGGCUUUACAGUGAUGUGGUGGAGGCCGGGCGAACAGCCCUGGACAACAAGACUUCAUUACUGAACACACCUUCGCCACGCUCAUUCACUCUGCAGCGUUUCAGAGACUACAACCCGCACAACUAUGAUGUCAUGGAGCUGCGGCUCAAUGGACGCCAGCACGAAUGUGUGGAAAACAAGAUCCAGAACCCCAGAAAUGUCCCAGGAGUGACCGAGCACCUGGUGGGGGAGCUGCUGAAGGGGUUGUCUCAAGGCCCAGCAGGCGAGUGUGGCACUGAGGAGCGGCCCCCUGAGGAGCGCCGAGCCACCCUGCUGGAGCUGCUCAAGGUGGCACGAGAGGAUACGCACGUGGUUUGGGACGAGCACUUCAAGACCAUGUUGCUGCUUCUCCUGGAGAUGCUGGGAGACAAAGACUACAUGAUCCGAGCACUGGCCUUGAGAGUCCUGAAGGAGAUCCUGAGAAACCAACCGGCCCGCUUCAAGAACUAUGCCGAACUCACCAUAAUGAAGACACUGGAAGCUCAUAAAGACUCCCACAAGGAGGUGGUGCGUGCUGCAGAGGAGGCUGCUUCCACAUUGGCGAGCUCAAUCCACCCUGAGCAGUGCAUCAAGGUCCUUUGUCCCAUCGUGCAGACGGCCGACUAUCCAAUCAACUUGGCCGCCAUCAAAAUGCAGACGAGGGCCAUCGAACGCGUCACAAAGGAGCCGCUGCAUCAGCUGCUGCAUGACAUCAUUCCGGGUUUACUGCAGGGCUACGACGACACGGAAAGCAGCGUGAGGAAGGCCAGCGUCUUCUGCCUCGUGGCCGUCUAUGCUGUGAUUGGCGAGGAGCUCAAGCCCUACCUGUCUCAGCUCACUGGCAGCAAGAUGAAGCUGCUCAACCUGUACAUCAAGAGGGCCCAAACUUCCACCAGCAAUAGCAGCAGCUCUUCCGACAUCUCUUCCUACUAACCUGCUUUUAACUUUUAACACGUUCACUCUGUCAGCACCAUUUUGAUACACUUCCUGGCUUUUUUUUUUUUUUUUUGCAUCCUGCUAAUUUACAGCAAAAAGUCAGUGAGCUUUUUUUCAUGCGAUACGAUGGAAGCAGAAGAUGAGAGGCCACGGGCCACAACAAAGUCCCGAAAAGCUGAAAGCAUCCACUGACUUCCUGGACGCUGGGAGGAAGGCGUGUCUUCUCAAAGCUGAUUUGCCACAUUGCAGCAGAGGAUCACUUGGCUGGCCAAUGAUUUGAAGCUUAACGGACUUUUGAGCCCAACAGUACACAUCUUGGUUUAAAUGAAGUGAAGCACAAUAUUUUGAAGGAGCUUCAUUCUGUUCUUCUGCAUAUAACUAAACAGGACACUUGAGUGUCUUCUAGAUUUUCCAGUGAGAAAUCUAUACGCACAUGACAUGUCCUUUUAAUUUUGCUUUCUGGAAGAGAAAAUUAGACAACGCACCUAAAAAAUUUGUUUGUGUUGAUCAUAAAUGAAGUCGUUCUAUUUCACUAUUUAGAAUUAGACGAUCUCUUGGAGCUCCAUACUGAGCUUGGUCCUUAACAGAACAGUCCAGUUCCUGUUGAACCACGAAAUUAAGACUACUCUAGAUGUUUUCCAUAUUCCCAAAAAUAUAAGCUCAAUGCUCUAAAUUCCACUAAAGGCUGAACAUUUUGCAAACAUUCUUUUAGAUGCUUUUCAAAGAUGUUCUAAAUGGAACUUUGACUUUGAAAAACGCAAGGUAGACAAUCAGCAGCUUCAGUGGAAAAGCUUGCUGAUGGUGACAAUGACCUUGAGCCAGCCUGUGAAGGUCAUUGUGGUACCCAUGACCAAUCACCUCCUGUAAUUCCUCACAAAGAUUGUAUUCCUGUGUUUGGCUGAAAAGAAAUGUGAAACUGAACCACUCAUCCUGAGAAUGAAGACCGAAACUGCUGUUUUGAAUGAUAUUUUGGUGUUAAUGUUUAGUGAGAAAUAAUCCCACGGCAAUCGUUUUGUACAAAUGUGCCUCCGAUAUGCCUCUGUCAUCACACCCUUUUAAGAGACGGGCCUCCCCAUUUUCCAUGGCCUUGUCAGAAGCAGGGCUGUUACGUUGAAUGUUCCAUGUUCACUGUUGUCUUAUACGCGUGCCUUUAGUUAGACACCUCUUUUACUUCAGUCGAACUAAGACCGUCUUGGAGCAAGUGAAUUUGCGAGUGAAGAAGAGGUUGUUAGUAUGUCGCCGAUAAAUUCCUUUGAAUGCACCUACACGCAUGCAUCUGCCCGUCACGCAAUACUAUAUUUAUAUUCCGCAGACUGACUGCAAGUAUUUAUGUUACAUCGCAAUUGAGACUUAAAUAAACGAUCAGACAUUGUCA